GUGCAUCCUCCUCAGCAUCCCCGGCUGUCUCCGCCCUCCGGCCGCUCUCGAUAGGCUGGAGGAUUUAAGCGGGCGCGCCGUAAUGAUGAGGGCUCUCUGAGAGUGACUGAUUUCAAAACUUGACGGGUUUCGAGUUUCAAAGAGAUGAACCCUGAGGUGGAUUACGGAGGCUCCGGAAGCAGCGGGAACGGAAAGCUGCGCCAGUGGCUCAUCGACCAGGUGGACUGCGGGAAAUAUCCCGGGCUGGUGUGGGAGAACGACGAGAGGACCAUCUUCAGGAUACCAUGGAAACACGCCGGGAAGCAGGACUACAACCGGGAUGAGGAUGCCGCGCUUUUCAAGGCCUGGGCGCUGUUUAAAGGCAAGUUUCGUGAGGGGAUCGACAAGCCAGACCCGCCGACCUGGAAGACGCGCCUCCGCUGCGCCCUCAACAAGAGCAACGACUUUGAGGAACUUGUGGAGAGAAGCCAGCUGGACAUCUCGGACCCGUACAAAGUCUACCGCAUCAUCCCCGAGGGCGCCAAGAAAAGACCCCGACAGGAGGACAGUCCUAUCAGUCCAAUGAGCUAUCAGGUGCCCUCCUCCUACCCUGCCCUGCAGACUCAGAUGCCACAGUACAUGGCCCCAGUAGAAUGUGGCUGGAGAGACUACUGCCAGGAGCAAGCCUCUCUGCCUGAGCUGCCCUUCACUCAGUGCCCCUGUCCGACCCGCAGCCUGCCCUGGCAGAGCGCAUCCAUAGAAAAUGGAUACCAGCUCCGAGCUUCCAUUUACUCGUAUGGCCCCGCCGACAGCCAGCCUUCACCUUUCUCCCUGGAUGCUAGCAUCAGAUCAGCGGAGGCGCUCCCAGACUUCCGCCUGCAUGUGACUAUAUAUUUCCGGGACACUGUGAUGCAGGAGGUGACCACUUCCAGUCCAGAGGGCUGCCACAUCACUCCAUGCUCCCCAGAGGAGAAGCACUACCUGCCGCCUGGAGGUCCUGAGGUGGUCCCCCUGCCUGUGGACAGCCUCUCAGCCCAGAGGAGGGCAGAUGAGUGUCCCCCGAGUCCCCCAUCCACCCUGGAGAGGGGCGUGUUAUUGUGGAUGGGCGCAGAUGGACUCUACGCUCGGCGGCUGUGUCAGAGCAGAGUGUACUGGCAGGGAGGACUGUCCCCAUACGGAGACAAGCCCAACAAGCUGGAGCGAGAGGUCACCUGUAAGCUCCUCCACACACAGGACUACCUCACAGAGAUCCAGAGUUACGGGCUCCAUGGUCGGCUGCUGCCUCGUUUCCAGGUCCUGCUGAGUUUCGGGGAUGAGUGUCUGGACCCACAGAGACAGAGACGGACUCUCACUGUCCAGGUGGAGCCACUGUUUGCCAGGCAGCUCCAAUACUAUGCCCAGCAGACGGGCAGCCAUUUGUACCGCAGUUACGAGCACCCGGUUGUCACGGAGCACAUAAACUCCUCUGAGGAUUACCAGAGGGCCAUCACACACCAUCACAGCAGCAGCCUGCAGGAGUGAACUGUGUGGGUUCAAGUGACUGUUGAAACCU